AUGUUCUCCCUCCAGUUCCUUCUCUUGGCGCUAGUCGUGAUGAACCUCGCCCUCAACUCCCACGGUCAAACCAUCCUCAACGCCCCGGACACCGAUAUCCAAUGCGGCGACUCCGACCUAACCCCCUCCGCCCUCCUCUCCGCCGCUCAAUCCUGCCUCUCCCACAUCCUCUCCGGCACAACCGUCGGCCGCGACAACUACCCCCACGCUUACAAAGACUACGAAGGUAUCACCUUCCCAUCCGGAUGCUCCGGGCACUACUACGAGUAUCCGGUCUUAAACGACGAUAACGACCCCUACGCCACGGGUCCGCCGGGGGCGAUUAGGGUUAUUGUUGGAGGGGUUGAUAUAGAGAAGGGGACCGGGGCUUAUUGUGGGGUUAUUACGCAUGAGGGGGCGAGGGCGCAUAAUGGGUUUGUUAGUUGUCAGGUUGAGGAUCAGCCGGAUGCGCCGGAGGGGAGGAGGAGUGAGAGGUUGCUUGAUUUGGAGCCGAAGGUGCGAGAGAGGGAGUUGUAA